ACCCAGGAGGGCUGUGCUGAUAGCACGUUCCUUGAGUUUACUUUGCUUUCCUUGAGUUUAUUGUAAAGGGGUAAAGUUUUCGGAUCUGUCACGUGACCCUGACAGGUCCUGCCUAUGGCGCGGCAGACCACCCACGCCGAGGGCCAUGGAACUGCUUAAUAGAAACAGGCUUGUAAUUGUGAGUCCGCGCUGCACUCCGCCGAAAGCCUCCGGCGGCCCAGCGCGCCGGGGUUUUUACACUUUCCGUUCCUUUUGUAAAGACGGAGGAGGAGGAGGAGAAGACGAAGACCAAGGCGAAGAAAAAGACGACAAGGAAGACAAAGAGACCCGCAGCGACCAGGGGAAAGCUACUGGCCGGAAAGCGCCGCUGUGGCUGAGAGCGAAGUUUCAGAGACUCUUAUUUAAACUGGGUUGUUACAUUCAAAAAAACUGCGGCAAAUUCUUGGUUGUGGGCCUCCUUAUAUUUGGGGCCUUCGCUGUGGGAUUAAAGGCAGCUAAUCUGGAAACCAACGUGGAGGAGCUCUGGGUGGAAGUUGGUGGACGAGUAAGCCGUGAAUUAAAUUAUACUCGCCAGAAGAUUGGAGAAGAGGCUAUGUUUAAUCCUCAACUCAUGAUUCAGACCCCGAAAGAAGAAGGUGCUAAUGUCCUGACCACAGAAGCGCUCCGCCAACACCUGGACUCGGCGCUCCAGGCCAGCCGGGUCCACGUGUACAUGUAUAACAGGCAAUGGAAAUUGGAACAUUUGUGUUACAAAUCUGGAGAACUUAUCACAGAAACAGGUUAUAUGGAUCAGAUAAUAGAAUAUCUUUACCCUUGUUUAAUUAUUACACCUUUGGACUGCUUCUGGGAAGGGGCCAAGUUGCAGUCCGGGACAGCAUACCUACUAGGUAAGCCUCCUUUGCAGUGGACAAACUUUGACCCUUUGGAAUUCCUAGAAGAGUUAAAGAAAAUAAACUAUCAAGUGGACAGCUGGGAAGAAAUGCUGAAUAAGGCGGAAGUUGGUCAUGGUUACAUGGACCGGCCCUGCCUCAAUCCGGCUGAUCCAGACUGCCCUGCCACGGCCCCCAAUAAAAAUGCGACCAAACCUCUUGAUAUGGCCCUUGUUCUGAAUGGCGGAUGUCAUGGGUUAUCCAGGAAGUAUAUGCACUGGCAGGAGGAGCUGAUUGUGGGUGGCACGGUCAAGAACAGCACUGGGAAGCUUGUCAGUGCCCACGCCUUGCAGACCAUGUUUCAGUUAAUGACUCCCAAGCAGAUGUACGAACACUUCAAGGGGUAUGAGUAUGUCUCACACAUCAACUGGAAUGAGGACAAGGCAGCAGCCAUCCUGGAGGCUUGGCAGAGGACCUACGUGGAGGUGGUUCAUCAAAGUGUCGCUCCGAACUCCACUCAGAAGGUGCUUUCUUUUACCACCACGACCCUGGACGACAUCCUCAAGUCCUUCUCGGACGUCAGCGUCAUCCGAGUGGCCAGCGGCUACUUACUGAUGCUUGCCUAUGCCUGUUUAACCAUGCUGCGCUGGGACUGCUCCAAGUCCCAGGGUGCCGUGGGGCUGGCUGGCGUCCUGUUGGUUGCACUGUCAGUGGCUGCAGGAUUGGGCCUGUGCUCAUUGAUCGGGAUUUCCUUUAAUGCUGCAACAACUCAGGUGCUGCCGUUUCUCGCUCUUGGCGUUGGUGUGGAUGAUGUUUUCCUUCUGGCGCAUGCCUUCAGCGAAACAGGACAGAACAAAAGAAUCCCUUUUGAGGACAGGACCGGGGAGUGCCUCAAGCGCACCGGAGCCAGCGUGGCCCUCACCUCCAUCAGCAACGUCACCGCCUUCUUCAUGGCCGCGCUGAUCCCCAUCCCUGCGCUGCGGGCAUUCUCCCUCCAGGCGGCUGUGGUGGUGGUCUUCAACUUUGCUAUGGUUCUGCUCAUUUUUCCUGCAAUUCUCAGCAUGGAUUUGUAUCGACGCGAGGACAGGAGAUUGGAUAUUUUCUGCUGUUUCACGAGCCCCUGUGUGAGCAGAGUGAUUCAGGUCGAACCCCAGGCCUACACAGAGACGCACGACAGCACCCGCGCCAGCCCGCCACCCCCCUACAGCAGCCACAGCUUCGCCCACGAGACACAGAUCACCAUGCAGUCCACGGUGCAGCUGCGCACGGAGUAUGACCCCCACACACACGUGUACUACACGACGGCCGAGCCGCUCUCCGAGAUCUCUGUGCAGCCUGUCACCCUGACGCAGGACACGCUCGGUUGCCAGAGCCCCGAGAGCGCCAGCUCCACGCGGGACCUGCUCUCCCAGUUCUCCGACUCCAGCCUCCACUGCCUUGAGCCCCCUUGUACCAAGUGGACGCUCUCAUCUUUUGCCGAGAAACACUAUGCUCCUUUCCUCUUGAAACCAAAAGCCAAGGUUGUGGUGAUCUUUCUUUUCCUGGGCUUGCUGGGGGUCAGCCUUUACGGGACCACCCGAGUGCGCGACGGGCUGGACCUUACAGACAUUGUGCCUCGGGAAACCAGAGAGUACGACUUUAUUGCUGCACAGUUCAAAUACUUCUCCUUCUACAACAUGUAUAUAGUCACCCAGAAAGCAGACUACCCAAAUAUCCAGCACUUACUUUACGACCUUCACAAGAGUUUCAGUAAUGUGAAGUAUGUCAUGUUGGAAGAAAAUAAACAGCUUCCCAAAAUGUGGCUGCACUACUUCAGAGACUGGCUCCAAGGACUUCAGGACGCGUUCGACAGUGACUGGGAAACUGGGAAAAUCAUGCCGAACAACUACAAAAAUGGGUCGGAUGAUGGCGUCCUUGCCUAUAAACUCCUGGUGCAGACCGGCAGCCGCGACAAGCCCGUGGACAUCAGUCAGCUGACGAAACAGCGCCUGGUGGAUGCGGACGGCAUCAUCAAUCCCAGCGCUUUCUACACCUACCUGACCGCUUGGGUCAGCAACGACCCCGUGGCUUACGCCGCCUCGCAGGCCAACAUCCGGCCGCACCGUCCCGAGUGGGUCCACGACAAGGCCGACUACAUGCCAGAAACCAGGCUGAGAAUCCCAGCUGCAGAGCCCAUCGAGUACGCCCAGUUCCCUUUCUACCUCAACGGCUUGCAUGACACCUCGGACUUCGUGGAAGCGAUCGAAAAAGUCAGGACCAUCUGCAACAACUACACGAGCCUGGGGCUGUCCAGCUACCCCAACGGCUACCCCUUCCUCUUCUGGGAGCAGUACAUCGGCCUCCGCCACUGGCUCCUGCUGUCCAUCAGCGUGGUGCUGGCCUGCACGUUUCUCGUGUGUGCCGUCUUCCUCCUGAACCCCUGGACGGCCGGGAUCAUUGUGACAGUCCUGGCUUUGAUGACAGUCGAGCUCUUUGGUAUGAUGGGCCUCAUCGGGAUCAAGCUGAGCGCUGUGCCCGUGGUGAUCUUGAUUGCGUCCGUCGGCAUCGGCGUGGAAUUCACCGUCCACGUUGCUCUGGCCUUCCUCACGGCCAUCGGCGAUAAGAACCGCAGGGCCGUGCUGGCGCUGGAGCACAUGUUCGCGCCCGUCCUGGACGGCGCGGUGUCCACGCUGCUGGGGGUGCUGAUGCUGGCCGGCUCGGAGUUCGACUUCAUCGUCAGGUACUUCUUCGCCGUCCUGGCCAUCCUCACCAUCCUGGGUGUCCUCAACGGGCUGGUCUUGCUUCCAGUCCUGUUGUCCUUCUUCGGGCCGCAGCCUGAGGUAUCUCCAGCCAACGGGCUGGAUCGGCUGCCCACCCCUUCCCCGGAGCCGCCCCCCAGUGUGGUCCGGUUUGCUGUGCCCCCCAGUCAUUCGAACCACGGGUCUGAUUCCUCCGACUCGGAGUACAGUUCUCAAACGACGGUGUCGGGCAUCAGUGAGGAGCUCCGGCAGUACGAGGCCCAGCAGGGCACCAGGGGCCCCGCCCACCAGGUGAUCGUGGAAGCCACAGAGAACCCCGUCUUCGCCCGCUCCACAGUGGUCCACCCGGAAGCCAGGCACCACCCACCCUCGAACUCUCGACAGCAGCCCCACCUGGACUCAGGGUCUCUGCCACCUGGACGGCCAGGCCCGCCGCCCCAGAGGGAACCUCCCAGAGAGGGCUUGCGGCCGCCCCCCUACAGACCGCGCAGAGACGCUUUUGAAAUUUCUACUGAAGGGCAUUCUGGCCCUAGCAAUAGGGACCGCGUGGGCCCCCGGGGAGCCCGCUUUCACAACCCUCGGCACCCGGUGUUCACUGCCGUGGGCGGCUCUGCGCCCAGCUACUGCCAGCCCAUCACCACCGUGACGGCCUCGGCGUCCGUGACUGUUGCUGUGCACCCCCCGCCCGCCCCUGGGCCUGCGCGGAACCCCCGCGGGGGCCUGUGUCCUGGCUACGAGGACUACCCCCAGACGGACCCCGGACUGUUUGAGGACCCCCAUGUGCCUUUUAACGUCCGGUGCGAGAGGAGGGAUUCCAAGGUGGAGGUCAUAGAGCUGCAGGACGUGGAGUGUGAGGAGCGGCCCCGGGGCAGCAGCUCCAACUGAGGGUGAGUGAAAUCUGAAGCAAAGAGGCCAAAGAUUGGAAUCCCCCCA